AUGCCGGUGGCUCUGAAGAGAUCAGGCAGCAACUCAGCCAAGUCUGAACCAUCAAAGGCAAUGGCCUGGUUGCAGUGCUGGGAGAUGUUGCUUCUCCUGCAGACAGGGCUGCCUCUGGUGAGGUAUGUCAGAGCUGAGCUAUUUUGGAGGGUUGGGUGUGGGCUGGGAAGGGGCCACCCAGAUUCCAGACAACAAGAAAGGGAAAAAGUCCCUCUUCUGGAGCCAGGAUUUCUGGAACCUUGCACUGAAGCAGUAGCCAGGUACGGGACCCAUUUCUCUACGCCUUCUUUCCCUGAACCCCUCCACAUCCCUAACAGUAAUUCGGAGCCUAGUACCUUGGACUCCCAGUCUUCGACCACCUUGUUCCUCUCCUCGGAAGAGCAGGGCCCCUCCACCGCCGCCCUGCCGUCUCCCUCCUCCUCCUCCUGCGAGCCCCAGGCCUUUUCCCCGGGCCCACCAGUGCUGCCUGCGCUGCUGCCCCCGCUACCUGCAGCCUCGGCGCCUCCCGGCCCCGGCACCUCCCGGCGCGCAGGCCUCUACUCAGUCGUCGCCUCCUCCCCAGAGGCCGCUCCGCGCCUGGUGGACUGGCUGCCCGGCUACCUCUCUACCACCUCUCCCGCCACACGCGGGGAUGACAGGGAGCGGCCGCCGCCCGUCCUGGCACCGGCCCAGGGCCUGGGAAGGAGCUGCGCCCUGCGCCCCGGCGCCGCGGGCAGGGAGGAGGGCACCGUGGACGCGGGUUCAUCCCCGCCGCCCCGCGCCCGGCCCGCCGCUGCGGCGAGCUUGGAGGCCAACGUCGGGGACAUCCUGGUGGAGCUGCGGACCAUGAACGGCCACCUGGGCGUCAUAGCGCGGGCCCUCACCAAACUGGCCUCGUCCCUGGGGCCCCAGCCUGAGCCCCUGCCAGAUGCUCCUGAUGCCAACUGAUGGAGCUCGGCGAGGCGGGGCCGCCGGGCACCAAGGGAUCCGUGCACCAAGCAUCCCUGCCUGUCCUUCCCCAGCAGCGAAGCGCGCGGGGAGGAGCAGUCGCUCUGCGCAGCUGCCCGGCGGAACGCAGGGCCUCGCGCUUCAGGGUGAAGCAGACCGGGGUGCGCCUCCCACCCUCCUCCUCGGCUCUCCCUCGGCGGCACCUGCCCGGCUUCCUGGCCCUUCACAUGCCCUUCUCUUGUCUUGAGCUUCUGGCAGAAAAGGUGCCUGGAGACAGCGGUGGGGCCCCGAGAAAGAUGCUUAGAGAAACGCUCUUUCACAUCCAGCUCCUGCGACGUCCGCGUGGCGUGGAGGGAGCGGAGCUCAGACCGUGACAUCAAAGCAGCAGCGAGGCCAGCUCCAGCCUUCCUCCCUGGCGGCGUUGGUGGGGCAACCAUCUCUGGUGACGUUCACAAGAGGAAAAUUGAUGGCCCAAAGUGACUGUCCUGCUCUGUGAUCUGCUCUUUAGCUGAAGAAACAGCAAAACUGGAUCAACUGCGGCAACUGGGGGCAUCAAGUUUUUAUUCAUUUGUUGAUUUGAAUGGUCUUUCAUUCUGAUUUUAACUGAUUUCUUUUGCAUUAGGAAACAAUGAAAGACCAAAAUCUUUUGAGAACAAAGAGGAGCUCACCUAUAAAUCCUAUAUACAGAUGCAGUGAUUGAAAUCUUUGGCCAGAAACCAUCUAGGUAACUUAUGAACGUAAAACACACCCUAAGUUUCAUCUACUCCCAAGGGAGAACCACUGUCAAUAUUUUGGCGACUACUCUUUGAAACAUUUGUGUCUAUAUACAAAUACCUAUGCGUGUGCAAUUUUACUUAACUGUGAUCAUAGUAUGCCCGCUGUUAUGUAACCUGUUUUUUAAAUCUUGAUAAUAGAUGAUAGAAAUAUUUUCAUUUAAAAAGCAAUGUUAUAUAUGAAGCAAAAUUUAGUUAACCAAUUUUCUAUUUAUGCUUCCGAUUUUUCACCAUUAUAUGCAAUGCUGUAACAAAUCUGAGUAUACAUCUUUUUGCUCUUCUGUUGAAGAGCAUGUUGUAUAAGUAAAUUCCUAGAGGUAUGAUUGCUGGGUCCAAGGGCAUACACUCUAACUUCUUUUUUCAGUACUGCUAUGGCUUCACCAAGGUUCAAAAAAGGGAAGUGAAUGAAUGGUAGGAGGAACACUGGGGUCUCGGAGUGGUUCCACUUAAAAAACUGGGAAAAAGGGAAAUAAAACAAAGCUAUCUUUUGAAGAUUAAACUUUAAAAUCAGCACACAGCAGGCCAGAACAGAGAUGUGUAAAAUCACGCUGCAGAGAUGAAUCGUGGUCACUCAAGUGAUGAAUAGGUCCAGUCAGGAAACAGAAGCCCUCCUCAGUUUUCACACUGAGGGGAUCUAAUUGAGGAAUCAGCAGCUGGGUGAUGGAAGGCAUGGAGGAGCAGUGGAGUAAGGUAAGGUUAUCUGAAGACUAGCGGCUGCAGGAAAGCGUGACCAGCUGUAGGCUGGAGGAGCCAAGGGGGAAUGUCUCCUCGGAACCCAGAAUCGGUGUGAUUCCAAGCCACGGCUAUAGAACUGGGCUGCUUCAACAGGAAGCCAAGAGCAGCACUUGCUAAGCCAAAGCCCCUGCCACUGCAUCCACUGCCACUGUCACCCUUGAGUGUCAACAGCACUGUCACAACUGCUGGGGACCCCACCAGAGACCAGCAGGGAGGAAUCAGCCAGGCUUCUGGCAGUGCCUCCUCUUCACAGAACCUAACUGAAAGCCCAUUGGAGAGCGUCUGGGAAAUGCAGCGUGUGGAGGCUCACCCUGCUGUGCCAGAGCAGAGCAAAGAAGGCUGGGAACGCAGCUGACAGCAAGUACGCAAAUGAUCAGCACGAGUAGUGCUGUGGAUCAAAGCAGCGGGAUACCUAAAGAGAGCAACUAUCAGUCAGAGAAGGGGCCUUGCAGCCAUGGAGGCCCCAAAGAUGGGGCACUACAGAGUGACAUGGGCAGUGCUCAUGCCAGCAGAGGCAGGCUUGGCUCUCUGGACCUAGCCACAGGUAGAACCUUGUGGUGACCGCUACCUCCUGGCUCUCAGGCUAUGUCACUAGAGCAUGCUAUGGGAGACUGGCCCAGAGAAGUGGCUCUGCUGUAGAGCCCAGACAGAUGGGGUUUCUGAACCUUCUUGGUGGGCUGCUAGGCUCUGGGCAAGGGCAGGCUAACCAGUGUGCAUUGCCACUCUGGGAGACAGGAAGGCAGCCUGCCCAUAGGCAGAUAAGUCUUAGUCUUUUUGUGCUGCUGUAACAAAAUACCUGAGACUGGUCAAUUUAUAAACAACAGAAAUGUAUUUCCUCACAGUUCUGGGGACUGGGAAGAUUGAGGAACCUGCACGGUCAGUGUCUGGUAAGGACUUGGUCUGUGCUUCCAAGAUGGCAUCCCUUGUUGCAUCCUCACAUGGUGGAAGGUGGAAGGGCACAAACGAAAAAGAUCUUGUCAGUUCCCUCUAGCCCUUUUUAAGGGCAGAGCCCUCAUGGCUUAAUCACUUCCCAGAGGGCCCCCCCUCUUAAUACUGUCACAUGGAGUCAGGUUCCAACAUACAGAUUUUGGAGGGACAUAGACAUUCAACCAUAGCCACAUACCUCCGAGGGACUGGCCCUCGGCCAUCUUCCUUUACCAGAAGGACAUCUGCACAAGUAUUUAUUGGGUCCCUUUCAGGUCCUGUGUUAUGUACUCUACAUACAGGAUCUCAUUUAUUCCUUGCAGUAAUCCUGUAUGCAAGGUUGGGAGAUAGGGCCUAUCAUUCCCAUUUCACUGAUCAGGAAACUGAGGCAUGAAAAGGUCAAGUGGCUUGCCCAUUGUCACCCAGCUGGUUCCGAGCAGACUGGAUCUGUUUGUCUCCAGGGCCCUGGUUGUGCCACCCACCUGGAGCUGCCUCUCCCAUUAGACUUCCUCUUGGUAGUAGGUCAAAGCCUUGGGACUUUGAGCUGCCUUUGGCUAGUGGUUCUCCCGCUGGCUGGCAGCAAAGUUGCUUUCUGGAAGUAAUAGGUCUCUGAAAAAUGAGAAAAUCCCAGGAAACUGGAGCAGAAAGCUGGAAAACAGGGAACCUUACCAAGACCCUCAUCCCUCACCAGCCACAUCAGUGUCAGGUGCGGAGGGAGAAAGGAGGUACUGAAAAAGAGGACAAGGUGCAGGAAAGAGGAGGAGAGAAGCCAGUGGGCUGUGUCGACUUGAUGGCUCUGAAGCACCAACGGCCCCUAAGCCCUUUAAGGUCAAUGUUGUGAAUCACGUUCUAUGUACAACGUGACUUGGCUGUUACUGUAUGUUAUCACCUUCCUCUCGCCCCCUCAGACCAUCUGACUUCAACAACCAACUCUGCAUGAGAACUAGGAAAUGCAAGGAUUUCUAUAGGUCUCUAUGGUGACUGCAUUAGUAUCCCGAGGUCCAAGGGCAUUAGCUACCAAAUUAUUACUA